AUGGACGUUCCUCAUAUUUCAAUGUCGAAAAGUGGCGUAGCAAUUCAAAAGCUGGUGGUGCAAGGAAUUUUUCUCUUUACUGGUGUAAUUUCGACUUGUGUAGCACAAUUUGUUUUUUAUCAAGGUGCAGGUGAUCAAAAAGCUAUGUUAUUGCCAUUGUGCAACUAUCUCGGGAUGAUGCUUGUGGGGUUGCUGCCUGUGGGGACUGCCGCUACUGAUCAAGCGAGAAUUGGUAAGCGAUUGAAGACUCAUAUGAAGAAACAAAAAGCGCUUCCAAGUUCAAAGACGCAGCAAAAAGAAACUAGCAGAUCUGUCAAGGACGAUAUUAAGCGACCGGAGCUUACACCCUUGCCGCUAACGCUCAUUAAGUGCCACUCAACUGAAUCAGAAGCUACUGAUAUGGAGAUUACAAGGCGAACAAAUGGAAUUGACGAGGAAAUUCAAUACGAAACAGACGAUAGUAGCAAAGAUGAGACAAAGCCUGGAGUAGGUUCCCACGUGACGCCAUCCUCUCUUUUCUUUUCUUUAACAACGGUGCAGCUUUGCAUUAUUGUAUCUGUGAUUUUGGACUUUACUGGUUGUAUUUUUUCCAACUUGGGCUUAUCUAUGGCGGGUAGUGGCCUUUAUCAAGUCGUAUACUCUAGCGUCAUCUGCUGGUCAGCGCUGAUGUCGCGAUUUCUUUUAAGAAAAAUUGUGUCUAAGGAAGAAUGGUUUGGGAUUGCAUUGGUAACAUUUGGACUUGCCUUUAGUGCAUUGGGAGAAUCUAGAAACGAACAUGACAACAUGAUUGUUCUAAUGGGAUGUUUGAACACGCUAAUAGGAGCAGCAUUUUACGGUGGUAAUUAUGUGACAGGAGAGUAUACGCUGAAGCUAGCAGAGCAACCACAUCCCAAGGAAUUGUGCCUUAAGAUUGGCGCGACUUGUGUUGCGAUUAUUGCCAUAUAUCAAAUUAUUUAUGUUCUGCCAGCAUGGGAGGCACUGGUGACGCAGCCAAUCGUUGAAGCUAAUGGCAAUACAAUCUUUAUUGUGUUUGCACUUGUGGUGUACACGCUGUCUCAAUUAGCGCAUGGACUCACGUACUUUGUAAUGUUGGGCUCCUGUGCCAACAGGAAUCACAAUGUUUUGACACAAAACGAGGCGUCGCCGCGCUUAUUGUCGUGA